CCCUCCCCGCCGCCGCCGCUCCCCUCUCACAGCUCUGCGCGACGAGCUUCGGAGUUCGCGGAAAGCUGCGAGGAGGCCGCCAUGUUUAACAAGAAGUCGGUGGUGUUGUAUUGUGGGGGCGCACCGAGCAUGGCGCCCGCCACGCCGGUCUCCCCGGGGGCCGGCGGAGGCGGCAGCAGUAGUGGAGCCCCAACCGCCUCAGCCGCGGCGGCCGCCGUCUUCACCGCCAACGGCCGCUCUGAGGGCGCCGGCCCGUUCUCGCCUCGGAUUGGGCGCGGCUGGGGGGCCAGCGUCUUCCCUGAGGGGCCCUUGCCGCGGAUUGGCUCAGGGGCGCCCCUGGCGGGGCCCCUGGCGCGGAUUGGGCCCUUCGAAGUAGCGCCCCGCGCGCUGAUUGGCUCCCCCGCCGCGGCGGCCGUUGGCGGCGGCGCCGCGCGGCCGUUGGCGCUGGCGCUCCCUGAGGGAGAGCUGGACGGCUGCGACGACGAGGCCGAGGCCCAGGCCGCCCAGGCCGGAGACCUGCCUUCGCCCACCCCUUCGCUGGAGUCCAUCCCGUCCGCGCAGGGCGACGACGACGACGCGGCGGGUGGUGGCGACGUGGCGUCCGCCCCGGACGACCUGCGCAAAGUGACGCUGGAGUUGGUGAGCCGGUACCUGCGCGAGGCCGCCUCGGGCGACGGCGACGCCAAAGGCCCGUCGGGAGGCGGCGGCGGGAAGAAGAUCCUGAAGGGCCUCCUGGGCCGCUUGGGGACCACCCACGAGGAGGAGGAGGAGGCCGCCGCCUCGCCGGGCGCCGCGCAGGCGCUGGAGACCCUCCGGCGGGUCGGGGACAACAUCCUCGACAAGCACCAGCUGGCUUUCCAAGGAAUGCUUAGGAAAAUUGAAAUAAAGAAAGAGGAUGACCUGAAGACUGUGUCAGAAGUUGCAAAGCACCUUUUCAGUGACGGCAUAACAAACUGGGGUCGAAUUGUGACUCUCAUCUCUUUUGGUGCCUUUGUUGCCAAACAUCUGAAGCGCAUCAAUCAGGAGAGUGCCAUCGGUCGUUUGGCAGAGCUCAUCACUGAGGUUCUGGUUACAGACAAGCGGGAAUGGAUCCUCAACAAUAAUGCCUGGGAGGGAUUUGUUAAUUUCUUCCAUGUAGAGGACGUAGAAGGCAGCAUCAGAAGCGUUCUGAUGGCUUUUGCAGGCGUGGCUGGAAUAGGAGCAGGUUUGGCUUACAUGAUCCGGUGAGUCAAGGAGUGCUCCCAGUGAGGAGCUAGCUUGGACUAUCCUGUUCUACUGUGACUAGAAAACUGAGCCGUUCUUUGAAAGUUGACGGGAGAAUUGAAACACCUCGAAAUCCCAUGGAAAGUUUGGUCUGAACUGUCAGUUUUAGAAUGUCAUCAACAAGGAUGUCUUUACAAAUUGGGAGUAGAUCCUUCAAGCCAAGGAACACGCACUCCGCUUCCUCCAGUGGUGGAGCUAAGAGGACUGAAGCCCACCUGAGCACAGUCUUGGGCUUGGACUAUGAACCCACAGCCACAUUGGGCUUAUAAGAACUGAUGGAUGUGCUCGGUAGUGUUCUAUUUGCACAGAACUGUGACCAUACGCCCAAGCGGGGUAUCUAAAUUAUCACCUUCAGAGAAGAGAGUGGCGUGUUAGGGGUGACGUGCAAGAUGCUUUGUGCGGUGAGCAAAAUGAAGGACCUUCAGGUGAACACUGCAAAUGCCUUAUCUGUUCGCUGGCACAGGUGUGUGUUGUGUCUGCUGUGGAGAGAGAAAACUCCAAAAUCUGAACCCAUCUCAUUGCAUCAAGGGCUGAUCCUGUUCUAUGUACUCCCUUCAGUUUUUGUUUCCUGUUCUUCUCUGCCCUCCCCUUGGAAGCGUACACUGCCAUAGCUCCCAAGUUAUCACAAGACAUGGAGCGCAAUAGUGUAAAUAUGUAUAAACCUUCACGGGGAAGUCAGCAGAAAUGUAUGUACAUUUGUAGCUGAAACUGUACAAAGUGUAUACUCUUAAAAGAGAUUUAUCUUUGGGAAAGGUUGUAAAAGAGUUUUUUUUUAAUGUAAUUAGAUUCAGGUUUUGCAGCUCUUUAUUCUUUAGCCCUCUAAAUGUCACAUAAUCUGGGCCUGCCUUUCUAUGUACUUCAAUAACAACUUGGUUCUGCCAGGUGACUUUACUGAACAACCAUCUAAGUACAGCUGAGCGCCUUUCUUUUUGUUCUUUAAAAUGUUUUCUUUCUUCAUGGUUGCCAGGGGGAGGCAUUUCCACAAAUCUUAAGUUUUUUUUUAACCUUUAUUUUGAUUCUUGCUUUCUUUAAAGCCAAUUAUUUUAAGCUAAACUUACAAAAGAAUGUCAUACUUGUCUCUAAGAAUAAAAUUUCUCAAAUGAGUUAGCAAUGUAAGACAUUAUGGCCUAUGCACGGAAUAAAUCUGAAUCUUUGAGGGAGAAUAUGAGAGGGGCUUGUAGACUUGGAGUUUCUUGAACUCUUUAUUAGGCAGAAGGGUUCAGUAUAGGAGCAAGAGGUUAAGUUGUUUUUGCAGUUUGACUAGAUUGCGUUUAGUCUUCGCUGUACUGUUAGCUUUGUUUAGACCAGAUUGUGGCAGAUGUGAAAACCUAAAACAAAGCAUAGACUCAACAUGGUGCUAUGGUCAGACUUUCUUGUUUACAUAAACUGUCCAAUAAAACAAUUCACAGGUG